CGCCAGACUCGACUCUAACUCGCUGAGCGUCAGGUUACCUUCUGCCCGACCCACCGCCUGGGCUCGCUGUAUAUACCAUAGGGCCGCCCGAAUAUAAUCGUCAUUCCCACCCGCCUCCCACCCAUAAUGAAGUAUUUGACGCUGGCGCUGGCCGCGCAGUUGGUGACGUCGACAACCGCGUUCAAGCUGGUUCCGCGAGAGAAUCCGAGGGUAGUAGCGCUCGAUAUCCAACGACGACACGUUGUCAACCCCAUUGCACACGACCGGUUACGACGGCGGCAGAAAACGGUCCAGCAGACGCUUGACAACCUCGAGACGCUCUACUUCGCGAACGCAAGCUUAGGCACGCCCGAGCAGAGUCUACGGUUACACAUCGACACCGGCAGUAGCGAUCUGUGGGCCAAUGCUGCGGAUUCGUCGCUCUGCUCAUCAGGCGGCAACGAGUGCUCCGAGUCGGGGACGUAUGAUGCGAACUCCUCGUCAACGUACACGUACGUCAACAGCGUCUUCAACAUCUCAUACGUAGACGGCUCGGGCGCGUCGGGAGACUAUGCGACGGACACUUUUACAUUCGGCGGCAAGACCAUCGACGACCUGCAGUUCGGCAUUGGAUACGAAUCGACUUCGCCCGAAGGUAUUCUCGGCAUUGGAUAUACCAUCAAUGAGGUCCAGGUCAACCGCGCUGGCCUGAAGGCAUACCCAAACUUGCCGCAGAAGCUCGUCGACGACGGCGACAUCACCACCAACGCCUACUCGCUCUGGUUGAACGACUUGGAUGCGUCGACGGGAAGCAUCCUGUUUGGCGGCGUCGACACGGACAAGUACGAGGGCACACUGAGCAAACUCCCCAUCGUCCCCGAGCAGGGCAUCUACGCCGAGUUUAUCAUCGCGCUGACGGGCAUGGGCAUGAACGGCAACGCUGGCUCCCUUUUCGAUAACGAAACCAUCGCCGUGCUCCUCGACUCCGGAUCCUCGCUCAUGUACCUCCCCGACAACGUCGUACGCGCCCUGUACCAGACGUACAAUGCGCAGUACGACUCCUCGCAAGGCGCUGCCUUCGUCGACUGCGACCUCGCUAACCAGGACGGCUCGCUCGAAUUCACCUUUUCCGAGCCCACCAUCUCCGUCCCGCUCAACGAGCUCGUCAUCGUCGCCGGCUACCAGGGCGGCGAACCCGUCUGCAUCCUCGGUGUCGGCCCUGCCGGCGACUCUAUCUCUGUCCUCGGCGACACCUUCCUGCGCUCUGCGUACGUCGUGUACGACCUCGAGAACAACGAGAUUGCCCUCGCGCAGACGAACUUCAACGCUACCAGCUCCAAUAUCCAGGAGAUUCAGUCCGGAGAGGACGGCGUACCGAACGCCUCAGAAGUCGCCAACGCCGUUUCUUCGCUCGCCGUCGGCUCCGGUGGCGGCAGGAUAAACGGCCCGAGCAUCAAUCCUAGCGGUGUUGUGGGUGCGACAGGAUCCCGUGGUGCGGGAAUGCCGGCGGCUACGGCGAAUCCGUGGCACGCGGCCGGCGCGGCGGCAGCGGGCGCGGGGAUUCUGCUAGGGUUCAACGGGUUCUGAUCCCGCGUAGAGCAUUUCAUUGUGGUUUUGAAUCUUCGAUCUUUGCGCACUUGGGCUGCAUUCGGCGGCGUUCAUUGGGCUGGAUACGGAGUAAAGGUGCUGCAUUGGGUAUGGUUGGCAUUUUGGGUCUGACUGGGAUGUGCUGCAUACGAUAAGCUAGGG